AGCGGGCACCGAGCAGAGGCGAGGGGCGGGAGGGCGGCCGCGCUGGUGCCGCGGACGGGGGAGGGGGCCCCAAGGGACGGAAGCGGUUGCCGGGUUCCCAUGUCCCCGGCGUAUGGGGAGCAGUCGAGGAUCCGCUGCCUGGGGUCUGAAGGGAGCUGCCUCCGCCACAGCCGCCGCCAUGGCCGCUGGAUCCAGCCGCCGCCUGCAGCUGCUCCUGGCGCAAUGAGAAGAGGAGCCGCCGUCACCGCCCGCCUCUGACUGACUCGCGACUCUGCCUCCCUCCAGUUCGCCGGGCCCCCGCCGUCAGCCCGCCGGAUCCCGCCGCUGCCGGAGCCGCAGCGUUUCCCGUCGCAUCUCCAAGCCACCCCCUCCCUCUCCCUCCCUCCUUCCCAUCCCCCUUCUUUUCAAGCGUGAGACUCGUGAUCCUUCCGCCGCUUCCCUUCUUCAUUGACUCGGAAAAAAAAUCCCCGAGGAAAAUAUAAUAUUCAAAGUACUUAUUUUCAAUCAAGUAUUUGCCCCCGUUUCACGUGAUAUAUUUUUUUUAAGACUCCCCCCUUCCUUUUUCCCCUCCAAGGAAGGGGAGGGGAAAGAAUUGUAUUUUUUUUUCCAGCCCCAAAUCAUCUAUAUGUUAAAUAUCCAUACUGAUCUGUCUUGAAGGAGAAAUACAUCGCUCGUUUUUUUUUUAUAGCUGUACAAAAGGAGUGAAAAGCCAAGAGGACGAAGUCUUUUUUUUUUUUUUUAAAUCUUCUUGUGGGAGAACUUAAUGCUGCAUUUAUCAUUAACCUAACACCCCAACAUAAAACAAAAGGAAGACAAGGAGGAAGGAAGGAAAAGAGGGUGAUCCGGGAAGAGAGUGAUCAUGUCAGGGCGGCCCAGAACCACCUCCUUUGCGGAGAGCUGCAAGCCAGUGCAGCAGCCUUCAGCUUUUGGCAGCAUGAAAGUUAGCAGAGACAAGGAUGGCAGCAAGGUGACUACAGUGGUGGCAACUCCUGGGCAGGGUCCGGAUAGGCCACAAGAAGUCAGCUAUACAGACACUAAAGUGAUUGGAAAUGGGUCAUUUGGUGUGGUAUAUCAAGCCAAACUUUGUGAUUCAGGAGAACUGGUUGCCAUCAAGAAGGUCUUACAGGACAAGAGAUUUAAGAAUCGAGAGCUCCAAAUCAUGAGAAAGCUAGAUCACUGUAACAUAGUCCGAUUGCGUUAUUUCUUCUACUCAAGUGGUGAGAAGAAAGAUGAAGUCUAUCUUAAUCUGGUGCUGGACUAUGUUCCGGAAACAGUAUACAGAGUUGCCAGACACUAUAGUCGAGCCAAACAGACGCUCCCUGUGAUCUAUGUCAAGUUGUAUAUGUAUCAGCUGUUCCGAAGUUUAGCCUAUAUCCAUUCCUUUGGAAUAUGCCAUCGGGAUAUUAAACCACAGAACCUCUUGUUGGAUCCUGAUACAGCUGUCUUAAAACUCUGUGACUUUGGAAGUGCAAAGCAGCUGGUCCGAGGAGAACCCAAUGUUUCGUAUAUCUGUUCUCGGUACUAUAGGGCACCAGAGUUGAUCUUUGGAGCCACUGAUUAUACCUCUAGUAUAGAUGUAUGGUCUGCAGGCUGUGUGUUGGCUGAGCUGUUGCUAGGACAACCAAUAUUUCCAGGGGACAGUGGUGUGGAUCAAUUGGUGGAAAUAAUCAAGGUCCUGGGGACACCAACAAGGGAGCAAAUUAGAGAAAUGAACCCAAACUACACAGAAUUCAAAUUCCCUCAAAUUAAGGCACAUCCUUGGACUAAGGAUUCGUCAGGAACAGGACAUUUCACCUCAGGAGUGCGGGUCUUCCGACCCCGGACUCCACCGGAAGCAAUUGCACUGUGUAGCCGUCUGCUGGAGUAUACACCAACUGCCCGAUUGACACCACUGGAAGCUUGUGCACAUUCAUUUUUUGAUGAAUUAAGGGACCCAAAUGUCAAACUACCAAAUGGGCGAGACACACCUGCACUCUUCAACUUCACCACUCAAGAACUGUCAAGUAAUCCACCUCUAGCUACCAUCCUUAUUCCUCCUCAUGCUCGGAUUCAAGCAGCUGCUUCAACCCCUACAAAUGCCACAGCAGCCUCAGAUGCUAAUGCUGGAGACCGUGGACAGACCAACAACGCCGCUUCUGCAUCAGCUUCCAACUCCACCUGAAUAGUCCCGAGCAGCCAGUUGCACAGGAAAAACCGCCAGUUACUUGAGUGUCACUCAGCAACACUGGUCACGUUUGGAAAGAAAAUUAAAAAGAGAAAAAAACCUGCUCAUUUUAGUGUUCAGAUUUUUUUAUUAUUAUUGUUGUUCUUAUUUAACCUUGUAAAAUAUCUAUAAAUACAAACCAAUUUCAUUGUAUUCUCACUUUGAGGGAGAUCCAGGGGGUGGGAGGGGUUGUGGGGAGGGGAAAGCGGAGCACUAGAACACACAAUCUCUCUCCCACGACAAUCUUUUUUUAUCAAAAGUCUGCUGUUGUAUACUUUAAAAACAGGACUCCUGCCUCGUGCCCCUUCCACAAAAGAAGAAGACUUUGUUCUGUGCUGAAGUUUUUUUGAACUUUGUUUUCUUUUAAAGUUAAGUGUAAGACUUUGGUAUAGUGCACAGCUUGAAAUUGGUUGGGAGCUUAGCAGGUGUAACUCAAUGGGGACUUCAGUGUCACUUGUCAAAUUCAUCCAUAUCCUCUGGUAUUUGAAGACUUGCCUUUGGUAUGUUGGGGGCAGGUGUGGUAGACAAACAAGGAAAUGUGUAUCAUUUGUAUGUAACCCAGGGAGGUCAAUAAAGUUUGAAGAUUCUUAAUUGGCUUUGAUAAGGUUUUGUUUUGCUCUUAAUCAGUGCUAGUGGUGAAGAAACUUAAAUUGGAGGCUAUCAAAGGAGGAGCAUGCUUGCUCUGAGGGUGGAUCUUUGUUUGCCUGACCAAAGGUUCUCUGCAAAUCUUAGUACAGUUUUAAACUGGUGACCAGAAGACUGAAAAGGAUUUGAGCCAGUCAUUCUGGCUGCAGAGGUCAAAAGCUGAUGAACCUGGAGGAAGGGGACAGGCCAAGAGCAGAUCUCACCACUGUGAAUGAAUUUGUCCAGAUUUGUUUCUAAAGUUGCUUCCCUUGGAAAGAUACACUUGAGAGGACAUUGUAGUUAAAUAAUGUGAACUGUAACAGUCUACUGGUUUAUUUUUCAUAUUUUUAAUUACAAAUUGAGCUUGCAGAAAUUGCCACAUUCUGCACAUAGUUCUGAUUUUAAAUCCAAAUCUAGAAUCUGUAUUUAAUUUCAGCUUUUUUUUAACCUCAUGCUUUUAAAACUUUAUUUAUUGAUGUAUGUCAGACCAUUGUGAUUUUAGAUGGUAGGAAUAUUAAGAACUACACAUCAAAAUGGUAUAAACAGUCACGUGUACCUGCUGACUUUAUAGGAAAGCGGAUUAUAUAAAUGUGUGUAUGUAUAUAUGUUAUAUAUACAUAGAUUCAAUACUGCCUUUUAUUUUUGUUUUUGUUCACAGUAUCAAAAUCAACUGGUUGAAGCAUGAGAAGAAUGUUUCCCCCCACACCCAGUUAAGAGUUUUUGUUUCUGUUUUCUUUGUGUAUCAGUGAAUGGUGUAAGACUCAGUUUCUGUUUUUGAAGAAAAAGCAAUAUUCCUUGGAAAGCAAAGAGGAUUGAAGGAUUAUGUUUGCAGUGAGGAAAUAGAUUUUCACAACUAGUUUGUUUUAUACUUUUAAGGUUGACAUCUUUGUGGGCCUUAUAUACUCUAAAAUGAACCUUAGUCACCUUGGUGCUUAUGGGCCAUUACUUGACCUAUGAAUCUUUAAGGCACAAUCAGUUGUACUUUACAUUUAAAGAUCACUUGAGUGAUGGCCGCCUCUCCCUUCUACCCACUCUUCCCUCCACACUUUCCAAGGUUAGUUGAUAACUGUAGGGCUGUAGAGCUGAGCCCUCGAUCAUGUGUAACCUCCCUUCCCCUUCCUCACUGCCACCUUAGGUCGUGUUAGGGGUCUUGCCCUCCCGGUGAUUUGGAAGUGGAGUCUCUUGGCAGCCCUCAACGCAGGUCCCGGUACCCUGUCCUGCUUCUUUACCAAGUGUGUGCGACUCUCCAAGAGAGUCCUACUGCCUGCUGAAGUGAACCAAUACCCAGAAGGGCAACUGUGAGCCAUCUUAGUUUUCACUCACUGUUUAGCUAAGCUCUUAGGCCACAAAAGGGGUUUCUCAAACCUCUGGUUAUAUCCGAGUUCGUGAGAAAGGAAACACACUCAGUCAAACCAAAUCGAACAAAUUGACCUUUACAUUUCAUAAUGCGCUUCUGAGAGCUAAUUAAGCUUUGAAAGAAGUCUGAAUCAGAGUAUUUGGCCGGGUAAUUCCUAAAGGGAAUGGCUUUGGUAGACCAUUUUCAGAAAGGAUUUAUAAAAAAGCUGAACAGCAGGUCUAUGACGGAGAAAUGGACCUGCUCUCACACCAAACUGCCCAGCCAAACAUUUGGACACAGACACUACUCUGGACUUGGUAUAUUUGCUAGAGUCCAUAAAAAUCUGUGCUUGUUUUAGGAAACACUCUCCCCUCCUUUGCCCCCAUAAAUGGGGUAAGAGAAGAAGAGAGAAAAGUCAGAUGCUUUUCUCUCAUUCCUGUGUGUAUGUGUAUGAGGGCUGAGGUGUAUGAUUUUUCUUUCUCAAGGAUCAUGGCGGUAUCACAGAACUCUUUUAUACAAGUGAGAUCCAGGUCUCUGAAUAUCUUUUUGUAAAUAAUAAUAAUAAUAAUAAUAAAAAGCUCCUCACCAAAUUCAAGCUUGUACAUUAUAUUUUCUUUCAAUGUUUUUAAAUUUAAGUUUUAUUGUUUUGUAUGUAAAUAUGUGGACCCAGGAACUGUUAAUUAAUGAGCAAAAAGUUACUGUUCAGGGCAGUGAUUCUGUUUAAUAAUCAGACAAAAUGUAGAUGAGCUUUUUAAAGCCAUAUAGUUUUAACUCUGUACAGUAGGUACCGGCCUGUAUUAUUGUAACAAUAACUCUAGCAAUGUAUAGUGUAUCUAUAUAGUUUGGAGUGCCUUCGCUUCCAUGUGUUUGUUUUUUGGUUUUGUUUUUCAUUUUUCAAAUUUUAAUUGGUUUUUCUAUCCAUGUCUCCCUGUCCUACCCCUUUCCCUUUGAAAUAAUAACUCACGCCUAACAGUGUCUUUGCCCCUUCCACAGUUAAUUUCAGUGAUACCAUGCUCAGGAGUGGAAAGAGGAAACUGUGUUCAUGACCUCACUUCAUUUAAGCCCUGCCUUUGUUUUGGUUCUGAGCAGCUGUUUCCUCCUCAGUCAGUAGCAGUGACCGGCUUCAUUUCAUACUUAGUCCAUCCGGGGACUUUGUGUCGUGCCAGGGAGCCCUAGAGCUGGAAGAGACCGAAUAGAUUUGAGUUUGCUCAUCUCUUCCCCAAGUCCCAACCAUCGGCCUUACAAACAGCAGAUUCCAGGAGCCUUCCAUGCUCUCUCCCCCUUAUCCACUUCCUUCCCAAAUGAAAGACAGAGAGACCGUUGGUUUUUAUAAAUCCAAGUUUCUUAAUAGUAUCAGGUUCUGCUCCAUCAGUGGUCUACAGUGCUCUAGUGCAGUUACUAGCGGUUACUGCGCCGAGCGCCGCCGAGCCAAGAGGACUGUCGUGUUAACAAGGGAACUCAGCCCAUCCCCUCCCUCCUGCCCCCUCGACCCCUGUUCAGUGAAAUGUCCUUUUCAUUUCCUUCUUUAAAAAUAAGUUUAAUUCUUACUGUGUGCCCAUCAUGAAGGCCUUUUUUGAAAGAAAAAAAUCAAAACCAUUUGUUUUGCCUCCAAGUACUCCAUAUAAGAUGUCUUGAGUAGAAGAAAAAAACAAACUUUACCAAACCAAAGGUUGCUAUUUUUGAAACAUCGUGUGUUCAUUCCAGCAAGGCAGAAGACUGCACCUUCUUUCCAGUGACAUGUUGUGUCCGUUUUUUAAGUCCUCUUAAUUUUUAGACACAUAUUUUUGGUUUGUGUUUUAACAAAGCCUGCCUAACCAGUCAUAUUGUCUGCACCAAUACAAAGGUUUCUGAGAGGACAAUUGUAUUCUCUAUCCCUGUGGAUAUAAAGACACUGGCAUAUCAUUUCUUUUUCCCUUUCCUUUUUAAGGGAUUUAACUUUGGAAUCUUCCAAAGGAAGCUUGGCCAAUGCCAGAUCCCCAGGAGUUUGGGGGUUUUUUCCUUUGUCUUAAACCAAAAUUGUAUCUGAUUUCUAUUGUUCAUGUUAGUGAUCAUCUAAUCGCAGAGCUGAACACUUUCUCCCCUACAUAGAAAAAUAAACUAAGCAUGCUUUACAAUAUUCUGGUAGAAACCUGAGCCACUGAAAAUACGACAACUAGAAGCAGAGUAGAGUCCCAGACUAAGGUCUACGUUUGAGAGGCUUUGAAAGUAAUCCCUGGGGUUUGGAUUAUUUUCACAAGGGUUACGACGUUUUAUUCCAAGUUUGUUGCUCCGUUUUGCACCUCUGCAAUAAAAGCAAAAUGACAACCAGUACAUAAGGGGUUAGCUUGACAAAGUAGACUUCCUUGUGUUCAUUUUUAAGUGUUUUUUUUCUUACUGUAUCUGUCUACAGGCAGAUACAGAUAAAUGUAUGAAAAUGUGCUUGCCUGUAAAAUUUGCAUUUAUAAAUGUGUUGCCGAUGGAUCACUUGGGCCUGUACACAUACCAAUUAGCGUGACCACUUCCAUCUUAAAAACAAAUCUAAACAAAAUUUAUUAUAUAUAUAUAUAUAUAUAUAAAGGACUGUGGGUUGUAUACAAACUAUUGCAAACACUUGUGCAAAUCUGUCUUGAUAUAAAGGAAAAGCAAAAUCUGUAUAACAUUAUUACUACUUGAAUGCCUCUGUGACUGAUUUUUUUUUCAUUUUAAAUAUAAACUUUUUUGUGAAAAGUAUGCUCAAUGUUUUUUUUCCCUUCCCCCAUUCCCUUGUAAAUACAUUUCGUUCUAUGUGACUUGGUUUGGAAAUAGUUAACUGGUACUGUAAUUUGCAUUAAAUAAAAAGUAGGUUAGCCUGGAAAUGAAAUUAAAA